GACAAGACGGACUACUCCAAGGAUUGAGUAAAGUCAAAUGAUCACGGGAAAGUCUCGAUUUACCUCACCGACCGUCCGAUAUCAGCUCGUGAUGCGGGGGAAGCCCCGCUCCGGUCAAACAUUGCGCCGAUUAGACUGGUGAGGGUAUAUAAACCAACUGAUCCCGAUCCUAGGAACCUCACCUCAGAUUAGAGCCGAAGACAAACAAUAUGGUUGACGUCCAAAGCCAAGUUACCAACGCUUUCGAGGCCCUCAACAUUGCUCCUCAGUCCCCUCAAGUGGAUCUGAACGUUACCCCCCGCGACAUCGCCCAGAAAUGGCUCCACAAGCUCUCCCACGCCCUUGAGGGCGAGAACCCCAACGUCAACAUCGUCGAUCAGCUUUGGUCCGACAAAGGUUGGAUGCGUGAUCUUUUGGCCUUCAGCUGGGACUUCCGUACGUUGAAGGGUAAGGAGAAGAUCAAGGAGUACCUCGCCAAGAACCUUCCCGGAAAGGGCUUGAGGGAUCUCGCUAUUGAGUCUGGAAAGGAACCCGCUUUCGUUGCGGCUACACCUGAGCACCAAUGGAUUCAGAGUUUCUUCACCUUCGAGACCACAAUCGGACAGGGAAGGGGUUUGUUCAGGUUGAUCAAGGAGGGCGAUUCGUGGCGUGCGUUGACUUUCUACACCGGUUUGGAGGAGUUGGAGGGACACCAAGAGAAAGCUGGUGCGAACCGCGAGCAGGGUACUUCCCACGGCGAGAACAUCGGCCGUAAGUCCUGGCUCGACCGUCGCGAGGAGGAGUACGAGUUCGAGAACUCCGACCCAACCGUCCUCAUCAUCGGUGCCGGCCACUCUGGUCUCAACCUCGCCGCUCGCCUCGGUCAACUCAAUGUCCCUACCCUUAUCGUCGAGAAGAACGACCGUAUUGGUGACAACUGGCGCCUUCGUUACAAGUUCCUCGUGCUCCACGACCCCGUCUGGUACGACCACUUGUCAUACCUUCCCUUCCCUAAGACUUGGCCCGUCUUUACGCCCAAGGACAAGCUUGGUGACUGGUUCGAGUCUUACGCCAAGGCAAUGGAGUUGAACGUCUGGACCCAGACUCCAUUCCAAUCCGCCGAGUACGACGAAGCCUCCAAGACAUGGACCUGCACCGUCAAACGCCCCGACGGCUCCAUUCGCACGCUUAAGCCCAAGCACGUCGUGCUCGCCACCGGCCACUCCGGCGAAGCCAACAUCCCCAAAUUCCCCGGCCAAGAAAAGUUCAAGGGCCGUCUCGUUCACUCCAGCCAACACACCACCGGAAAGGACUUUACCGGCAAGAAGGCCGUCGUCGUUGGAUGCUGUAACUCUGGCCACGAUAUCGCGCAUGACUUUUAUGAGCAAGGGGCGGAUGUGACGAUCGUGCAGCGUUCGAGUACGUACGUGAUGACCUCCAAGAAUGGUCUCGCUGAGCUCUUCCGUGGGUUAUACGACGAGAAUGGUCCCCCGACCGAGGAUGCGGAUAUCAUGUUCUCUUCCACCCCGAACCCCCUCCACGCCGACCUCCAUCAACACGUCACCCGCCGUAUCGCCGACCUCGAUAAAGACCUCCUCGGCGGUCUCCAGAAGGCCGGUUUCAAGCUCGACUUCGGUGAUGACGGGUCCGGGUUCUUGAUGAAAUACUUCCGCCGCGGAGGAGGCUACUAUCUCGACGUCGGUGCCUCGAACCUCAUCGCUGAGGGGAAGAUUAAGGUCAAGCAGGGUGUCGAGAUCGAGCGUUUCGACGAGAAGGGCAUCAUCUUCAAGGAUGGUUCCCGCCUCGACGCCGACAUUGUCGUCUUGGCCACUGGAUACCAGAACAUGAGGACCACCGCUCGCAGGCUCCUGGGUGACAAGGUCGCUGACAGGUGUAACGAAGUUUGGGGUAUGGAUGAGGAGGGUGAGUUGAAGACGAUGUGGCGCUCUUCUGGACACCCGGGGUUUUACUUCAUGGGUGGUAACUUGGCGCUUUGUCGAUUCUUCAGUAAGCGUCUUGCUCUCCAGAUCAAGGCGCAAGAGGAAGGUCUGUAUGAGCAGUAAAUUAGUUAAAUGAGGUUGUAUGAUAUCUUGAGGAGUAACUGACAUACCAUCAAUACCAUUAGCAAUGAAU